CCAGUCUUAGAUACGCGGCGAUGUGAAUAUUUAUAAUUUAUAACGUAUUUGUUACAUCCUACUAAUUAAAACAAAGGUUUCAUCUAUAAAGGAUAAUAAAUGAAGGACUGCGUUCAAGCUGUGAAGAAAAUAAGGUAUAUGUAAGCUUGAAAUAUAUAGACAGGACAUUAAGAAGAACGUUUCGGCUAAACUAAAAAUUAAAAGGCCGGCACUACGUACACCGCGGCGGUGUACCUAGCGAAACUAUUGAAUUUGGCCUGCGUACACCGCGGCGGUGUACCUAGCUAAAUCAUGGUCUGUGGCCUGCGUACACCGCAGCGAUUUACAGUAGCCAAACUAUGGUCUUUGCGAGUCUUUAACUUUUUGGCCUAACCGGUACUUGUAGAUUUAAUGUUAUACUCGUGUUAAAACUGAAAACUAUUAAAAAUUCGUUUAUUACCUUGGGAAGAUAUUGAGUAAGGUCUACGCGUAUGUGGCAAAGUGCAUGUAAAGCAUUUCUUAUUAUUUUUGGAAGGGAAGGGGCUGGGGGGGGGUGUAAUGUUAAACCAUGAUUUAUUUUUAAAGUUAACCACUUUAUUCCCCCCUCCCCCAAUAUCUUGAAAUACAAAUAUAUUUAUUAAUUGUAAGUUUUAUCAUAUGAUUGUGAAUCUUAAUUUGAAAUUAUUCUCUCAUGCCCACCCCCACCCAGUUGUUAGUUGUUUUGUUUUGGGUUUGUUUUUGUUUUUGGGGGGGGGUGCCUUAUAAAUAUAACAUUGUAUGUGAUCCCUCGGGGCAUGGUGUAAAAAUGAAUGGGAAGACAGUGUAUCUAUUUUGUUAGCACCAUGAUAUAAUUACGCCACAAAUACACUACGGGAAGAGAAUCACAUACUCAUACAUUGAUCAUGAAGUCGUGAAGUUAAAGUAGUCCGAGGCAUUGUCAUUGUGACACCAAGCAUGUGUCAACACAAAACAGCAGUAAGAUGAUCAAUACGAAACACUGCAGUUAUUUGAAAGUCUUUUAACAAUAAUUAAAAAUCAUUGAUUUAGUUUUACAUUGGCAUUACACAUUAGUAAAAAAAAUGCAGGCAGAGGGAGGGGGGAUGCAAAAGGUAAGUUGGUUGUGCGGACGUCCUUUGUGGACAACCCCUAUCCUGAGCCGUGAUUUGUGAAUGCCCUCUUUUUGGUUAAGCCUCUGCCCAUAACUCACCACCACCCCCCACUCCCCGGCAAGGAUCGAUUUCUAAAAAAAAAAAAACAACAACAAAUACAAAAACUUUGACAUAGUGCAAAUCCUGUCCCAGGCGCAUUGUGCAAUGGUUUCUGUGAGAAAACGUCGUGUUUUACCCUGAGAAUAGCACAUGCCAUGCCAUUCUGGAAACAAAUUACGUCAUGAAAAGGGUAAACGCAGACCUAUGGCUUUGCUAUACAGUUUGCUACCGCUCCGCAAGUUUCUAAAAUCGAGGUGUUUUCAAAAGAUUUGCUGUGAGACUGAGUGUUGUGAAUGAACCUUUGAUAUCGUAUGUACAUUUUGCCAAUGCAUAAGGCAUAGUGAAAGCAAGAUGGUUCAAGGUUGAAAUACGACCAUGCACAUUAAUAUUCAUAUGCAUGAAUAUUAUUCAUACUGGUAUUUUCUUUGGUUGUUCGUAAAAGUAAAAUGUAAAUAUUCAACUAUACGAAGAAUGUUGAAAUACAAUAGAAUAUCAGUCACUUAGUAUUCAUAAUGUUUCUGUUAUACAUGAUCAUCAUGUAUUACAUGCGCUUUCAGAAACUUUAAGUUUGUUUUCAAAUGUCUAAAGUCUUAUUACUAAAGUUACCGGUAUUUUCAAAGUCAAAGGCCGGCACAACUUGUUGAAACACUUAUAACUUAUUUAAAUAAAUAAAUAUAUAAUGUGUAUUUAAUAUAAUAUUUAAACAUAUAUUUAAAUUGUUUCAAUUGCUACAAAAUAUUUUAAAACUAAAAUGGGAGGAAAAAAACUCGAUCCCCUACUGAGAAUUGAUCUCAAACUAUAUUAUCGCCAAGCGUCCACUCUACCACUUGACCAAACAAGAUCUUCUCCUACAAGUAUAUCUUAAAACCAGGCCAAUGGUAAAUUUUUGCCACGGUGUACCCAGGCCAAAGCCCACGAUUUCACUAGGUACACCGCCGCGGUUUACGCAGGCCAAAGCCGAAGGUUUCGCUAGGUACACCGCCGCGGUGUACGCAUCCACUUCGCAAAUAAAAUAUAAGACUAAGAUUAAGAUUACUAAGAAUUAAGUAAUAAAUAAUAAGAUGACCGGCGACUUCUAAGUUAUAUACUACUAAUAAGUAAAAGUUAAGAAUUAAUUCAAUUACAUUUUACUUACUUGGACUUAAACUUAAGAGUAAGAAAGAAGAGUCUCCUCAGCAUAAGUUUGUCCAUUCUGCUAAGGGCCUAGUCCUAAGGCGGCUAAGGCGCCUAAGGCAAAGGCAGGAAGGCUCUUACUCUUACUCUUACUUAACCAAAACAUUCUUCUUUUUUCAUUUAUUGUACCAGGCUAUAAUAUAUUAUAUUAUAAUAAUAUAUUAUUACAUAUAUUUCAAGCUUCCACUACAUUGCUCCUAUAUUUCAUUCAUUUAGAUAUAUAUAUAAGUCAUAUAAUAUAUAUAUAAUAUAUAUAUAUAUAUACAUAAUAAUAAUAAUAAUAAUAAUAAUAAAACGUCUUAUAUAGCGCGGUACAUAAAAAUUUUAUCAAAAGAGACAUAAUCAUGAUAUUAAAAUAAAAUACAUUUAUGAAAUAAAGAACAGCAAUGUAUAUUCACCCACCCCACCACAUAACUUUUACAAGGCAAACCAUGGACAGCAGCCAAUAAGAUCAUUUAUCGGUCAGAGGAGGGGAAUCAGUCAGGGUAGUAUAAUUUAAAAAGAUAUGUUUUUAGUGCAGUUUUGAAGGCCUGGGUGGUUGGUAUAUUGCGUAUGUUUAGUGGCAAAGAAUUCCAUUGUUUGGGGGCGCAGAAAGAGAAAGAUCGUUCACCAUAUGUUUUAGUGUGUGUCUUGGGAACGGACAGAAUACGCGUGUCUGCAGAGGAGCGAAGCUGUCGAAGGGGUGAAUAGACAGAAAGAAGUUCGGUUAGAUAGGAAGGGCAGGAAUCCAAGAAAAAGUUGUGACAGAGAACAGACAACUUGUAGUCAAUGCGUGCCUGUAUAGGUAGCCAAUGAAGGGAAUGGAGUAGUGGAGUGACGUGAUCACGUUUUUUUGCCUUUAAAACUAGCCUAGCAGCUGAGUUUUGAACUUUCUGCAGUUUUUCUAUGCAGUGUUUUGGUGAACCUGACAGAAGAGAGUUGCAAUAGUCAAGACGAGAGAGAACAAGAGCACAGACUAGAGUUUUUGUAGCGCUAACUGUGAGGUAGUGGCGUAUGGAGCUGAUCUGACGGAUAGUGGUGUAUGCUGAACGACAAAUGUGAGAUAUGUGUUUAUCGAGAGACAUGUUGUUAGAAAGAAUAUAACCAAGAUUCCUAGCAGAGGGUGUAAACCGUACGUCAGAGUUACCUACUUGAAAUGAGGUAGGAAGAGUUGAGGUAGAGGAUGAUGUGUGAUUGUGGAUGAGGAGUGCUUCCGUUUUGUCAUCAUUAAGCUUCAACUUGCUGAGUGUCAUCCAUGACUUGACAUCAUCAAUGCACCCCCGCAAAGUAUAAAACUAGCCUAGCAGCUGAGUUUUGAACUUUCUGCAGUUUUUCUAUGCAGUGUUUUGGUGAACCUGACAGAAGAGAGUUGCAAUAGUCAAGACGAGAGAGAACAAGAGCACAGACUAGAGUUUUUGUAGCGCUAACUGUGAGGUAGUGGCGUAUGGAGCUGAUCUGACGGAUAGUGGUGUAUGCUGAACGACAAAUGUGAGAUAUGUGUUUAUCGAGAGACAUGUUGUUAGAAAGAAUAUAACCAAGAUUCCUAGCAGAGGGUGUAAACCGUACGUCAGAGUUACCUACUUGAAAUGAGGUAGGAAGAGUUGAGGUAGAGGAUGAUGUGUGAUUGUGGAUGAGGAGUGCUUCCGUUUUGUCAUCAUUAAGCUUCAACUUGCUGAGUGUCAUCCAUGAUUUGACAUCAUCAAUGCACCCCCGCAAAGUCUGGACAGCGGAUUCAACAAGAGAAGGAUGGGUAUGCUUGUAUAGCUGCGUGUCAUCUGCAAAUGACUGGCUCCCAACAGCAUGCCUCCCAAGCAUAUAUAUAUAUUAUAUAUUUAUAUAUGUUAUUUUUUAUAUAUAUAAAAUAUAUAUUUUUUUGUUGAUAAUAAUAUAAAUCAAGACAUCAAUAAUUCAGACCAAUUGACUAAUUUAUCUGGAUUUUUUUAAUUUUCAAAUCCAGCACAGAGACCAUAGCCCCUUACUAGGAUUGACCACAGUCAAUAGGCCUAUGCCUAUGAUGUCUGAUGCCUUUUGCCUUUGCUUAGAAUAAGUUAUAAUAAGUGAUAUUUUUUCAAACCAGAAAGAAACACCAUUUAUCUCUACUAUCCCCUAUAGUCAACACAUUUGAAAUUAAAUAUGUAUUCAUACAAGGCUUAGGCUACUGACCCCAUGGCGGCUUUACUGAAAAUAACACUAAAAAACAAAUAUAUAUUAUUAAGUUAAAUAUUGAAGUCAUGGUUUACCACAUGAUUUGUGACUGUGAAGGUUACUGACAUGGUGGCAAAAAUGUAUUAAGAUAUGUUUUUAGUUGAGUCAUGUUUAGAGUCACAUGUACAUUCACUCAAAAUUUAAAUGAUGUUGCGAUUCUCGCUGCACAAACAUUCUUUUUCUAAUAAGGCUAUCUGGAUUUAACACACUGUAUAUUUGAUGCCAGGAAUAUCGAUGUCUUACUGUCAAUACAUAUUUAUUUUUAUAUGCUUCCUUAACAAUUGUAAUGUAAAAUCCUAUUAUUUAGCAUUUAGACUAUUAUAGCAGAGUAAGGUGAGUGAGCAGAGUGUGCGCCAAAAGUGACAGUACUGAAACUGCAGUCUCUUGAUCUGGUUCAACAGUACAAAGCUUCAGCCACCAUAUGUUCCAAGAAGUGAAAAGUAUUAUUUUUUGGGCAGUGUUUGUUGCAAAUGGGUCUUUUGACGGAGGCAAAAUAUUUAUAGUCGACCACAAUUUUCGCUCAUAGGUUAGUGAUUAAGUGAUUGUGAAGGGGGAUUGUGUUUGAACAAAGCGGGCAGAACAGUUCCAAAAGAGAUUUAAUAUGACGGCACCAAGUAACACAAUUAAUUAUGCUGUCUAUUUUUAUGAUAUUUCUCCUUUAUGGAAGUGUAUUGUGUCAAUGGAGGAAAUGUCUGAUCCACCAAUUCGUUUUUGAGUAGUGAAAAUCAUGCAUGUUCGCCCCUAUGAAGUCUAUGGGGAACAUCCUUCAAACUGAACAUCAGUAUUAUGUCCAUUCAGUUAUUGUUUAAGGACAUAGGUGCAUCUUUGGACCUGAUACAGGAUGGACAGUGCUUGGUGGAGCCGGAUAUGCAGAACCAGGAUGAUGUAUUGCGUACAUUUCUGGAUAUGGUGUACAAGGUUCCAGAUUUUUAUAGGAAUGAGAGGUUCAUUUAUGAAAGUCACAUUCAUUAACACGUUGUUAACGCUUUUCGUUCCAUUGGCAUGAAAAACUUUUUAGAACCAUGUAACUUGGUGCCUUUUAAAAAAAUCUCUCUGGGAAUUAUUCUGCAUCUUUUUUCAAAAUACUAUCAAAAUUAGCAUUCUUCUUCUAUAUUUUGAGGGCCUACUAUCAAUGAAUUGGACUCUAACAAAAAUAGCAGAAAACCUAUUAAAAACAUGGGAGAGGAAAGUUCUCAGGAAAAUAUAUGGGCCAACAAAGGAUGAAUAUGGAUAGAGAAUUAUGCAUGAAUUAUACAGUCCAUAUCAGAAAAACACGAUAGUAGCAGAAAUAAAAAGAGGCAGGCUACGCUGGGCAGGACACCUAGAGAGAAUGUGAAAUGACAGAGGAACAAAGAGGGUGCAUCACCAAUACCCCAGAGGAAAAAGGCUCAAAGGCAGACCUAGGCUUAGGUGGAUAGAUGAUGUGGAAAAAGAUCUACAGCAGCUGAAAGUCCAAGCAUGGAAAAGAAAGGCAUUAGCUAGGUCUGAGUGGAAUGAAGUGGUGAGGCAGGCCAAAGCCCUACAUGGGAUGUAGCGCCACAGGGAUGGAUGGAUGGAUCAAUGAAUUGAUCAUUCUGGCCCUUAAGUUUCAGAGUGGUUUGGGAUGUAACUGUGCAAAUGUGUCAAGUGUAGCCGCCUCAACUGUUGCUUUUGGAAUAUUGUUCCAGUCCCCUGUAAAAAAGCACAAACUAGAAAGAAACAACGUGACAAGAAAACAAGGGCUCGCCAAAGAAAUCAUGCAGGGCACAUUGAGAGGAGGGAUAAGAAGAGGAAGACAGAGAAAAAGAUGGGAAGAUAACAUCAAAGAGUGGACGGGACUAAAAUUAGGCGAUGCUGUGCAAAGUGCAGAAAACAGAGAGGAAUGGAGAAGGAUAGUUUUCAUGUCAUCUGUGUCGCACCAAUGGUCCAAGGACUAAGGGACAUGAUGAUGAUGACACAUUGUUAAUGUGCUCGUCCCAGCAGGACCCUCAUUAGCAUUCACUAACAUUUGAGCAAAAUAUUGUUCAACUAUGAAUACUUUUUUCCUUCAUGGAGAGACUCAUUUUGAACACAAACUGCCCAACAUAAAAAUCAUUUACAAUUAUAUAGGCAUGUGACAGCUGGAGCUACGUACCAUUGACAAACGCAAGUACAUGUUCAAGCUGCGGGAGUUUCAGUACUGCUAAACGAGGUGUAUUUAGUACUUCUAGUUUUUAAAGAAAAAUGUUUCAUCUACAGCCUAAAUCUUCUUUCUAGAGCAGAGCUCUGCAAUUGGUGUGCCUAGAGAUUAUGCCAGGUGUGCUGCACAAAAUGACCUCAAGAGGAGGAACAGCACAGAGUUAAAGUAGGCACGUUAAUAUGAUAAAACUCCGUUGCUACAAAAGAUGCGUUGUUUAGCCAAUAACUGAGUUGUUAAAUCUGUGAUAACAGAAUUGUGUCAAAUACUGACAGUUAAUAUGGAGCAAUAUAGUUUUCUUAUAACCUUUUUGCAUUGCACAUCAUUUUUACGUAUCAUUUUUAAUAUUAACUACAUUAUGUUAGUUUAAUAUCCAUGUUUUUAUUUGUUGUUGCAGAGCUCUGCGCUAGAGACCAAUGACAUAUUGUAAUAUGGACAAUAAUGAACAGUGAAUGAAUUAAUGUAUAGCUUUGACCCAUUCAUAAAACUUAUUUUUAUCUUGAACACACUAAACUUAUCACUAAAAAAAGGCUUAAUUAACUCACACUUUUGAAUAGACUAAGAGGUAAAAAUUGUAAUACUUAGAUGUGUUUACAGAUUUAUAUAAUUUUAAGUUUUUAAAAAGGACAUUGUUUUAGAUAAACUUAAUUUUAAACUAUUCAUACUGGAGAAAAUAUAAGCUAUGCCUUAGAGCAAAUAUAGUGCUUCAGAUAUAGGCCUAUUUUACAAUUUUCUGGAUGUUUUUAUAUAAAAAAUGUCUUAUUUCUUGUGCAAAAUAAAAGUUGCAGAGUUGGAAAUAAUAAAACACUUUUAAAUUCCAAGAAAUAUCAUUUAAAGCAAGAACAGACUAUUUAGACCAUGGGUGUUUACAGUAGUAGUUUUGUCAUGGAGCCAACCUCUGAGAUGGCUGUUGCCAACAUCUCUCAUCCAACUAAGCCAAAUUGGAUCACAGCACAUGCAAUUUCAACUGAGUGUAAGUUAACCAGCGAUUUAAGACUAAAUCAUGUUUAAUACGAAAAAUUCAAAUUUAUAUCACUUGAAAUUUUUUAUUUUUUUUAUGACAGGAAGGCUUCACAGUAAAUCAGUAAACAUUUCAAUGGAGGCUUGUUAACUUCUGUUACCAUAAUUAAAAACCAUACUCUAACAUAGUGUGAUGUUGAAAAGGAAUAGCACACUUAAAUCAUUUAGUUAGUUAGUCAUAAAACAUAAAUUUUGAAAACAGUUGAUAUACAGUAAAAUAAAAUUUAAAAAAUGUGAAAAUUUUUUAAAUAUUUACAAAAUAACUUAUAUAUUUCUUCAAAUAAUUAAUUACAUUUGGCAAUGCAUGAUCACUCUAUUUCCUGUUUACAUAUUCUACAACCUUUAUAACAUUGGAGUUGUCUUGAGAAUAUUUGGACAAGGUCCUAUGUUUUUAUUAUCAAUACAAAUAUAGAGACCAGUAAAAAAAAAAGGGACCAUAAAUGUGAUCAAUAUUUAGCAUCAUUGUUAGUCUCAAGAAAACAUUCAAGAAGCAUGAGCUACAAUUAGUCUUUGUUGGAAAGAUGUGUUUUUAUUUAAUAGAAAUGGUGAAGAAAUUAUGUGAGGGUAAUUUUUCACUCCAUAGAAAUUUAUUAGAUAUUGUUGGCAUAUAGAAAUUGUUUUUUUUAAUGAGUACCAUUCUUAGUAUUUUAUUAACUUUUUUGUGGUUUAAGAUUUCAACACUUACACUGAGUUUUAAGCAUUAUUGAAAAAUACACAGCAUCGAAUAUUUUAGUUGGGUAAUUUGGCUGUAAUGUUUAAUCUUUGCCUCACCUUUAAUGAUGUCUUUAUAAUGCUUUCUUCUAUUUACUACAUCAGUAAGUAUAGCUGAAGUAGAACGUUUAUGGCUCAGGUUUCAGCAGAUGGGAGCUAACUCUGAUGGCCUUUUGACUCUGGAAGCUCUGACCAGUCCAAAGUUGUCUUCUGAUGUUUUUGUAAAAAAUGUAUGUUCAUAUUCAUAUUGUGGCCUAUGUAGAAAUUGACAAAAUUAAUGGUUUUUUGUUUUGUAUCUAAACGAAACAAAUAUCAGGGAUUUUAAAUAAGUUUUAAAGUUAUGCAUUUCAUGUUGUUUUUAUUUGCAGUAGAAAGUACUAAAAAUUAAGAAUGGUUGUUAAUGUAGACCUGCCUAAUAUAUUUUUUUUUAAAUUUUAAAACUGGCUCUCAUUUUGUGUCUCUAAUAAUUGAUCCCAUUAGAAAAGACCUCUAUUAGAAUAUAUUAUUAUUAUCAUCAUAUUUAAGUAACGCCAUGUGGUUACUGGCUUUGAUUGAGUUUUGAAAAAUCUGUUUCUGCCCCAAUAGUUAUUUAUUACAAACAUUUUUCCCAAUGUCCCCAAUAAAUGUAACACGAUCAAACGUGCCAACCUGUGGAAUAAAAAAAUGUAGAAAAAGUAAACAAAAUUAAUUUAGAAACAACUGUACAUGGUAUUUAAUGGAGGGGGUAAACAGUAUAGGUUGUCAUAUAUGAAUUUGAAUAUUUUUUUCUUUUACAUUGCAGAUUUUAAAAUAUUUUAAGAGCUCUGAUGGUAACAUUUCAUUUGAGUCUUUCCUUCGUGCCCUCAAGUGGAGUGAAAGUCAGGAACUGCCGCUGAAAGCUAAAGGUAAGGCAGGAAUAAGAUAUUUAAAGAAAUGUCGUUUUCUUACAAAAAUCUGAUACUAGCUCAUCUUUUGAACUUAAAACAUUCUAAAUUCAUCUGUUUUUUAAUGGAAAUAAAAUCCAUGACAAUAGGCCUAUAUAUAUUUAUUUUUCAGCUAUAUUUCAAAUGUUGAACAAUGGAAACCCCAUUCCAAAGGAUAUUUUCCAGAAAAUUCUGAGCAGGAUAUAUUCUGAUCAAAAUGAGGUGAACAACCCAAUUUUAAUAAUCAAAUAUUUUAUACUGAUAUAAAUAAAACUCAUCAAAAUACAUUAACUACAAUUCUUAUGAUAAAAAUGACACUAUAAAUAAUAUUACUUCAUGUUUUUUAAAGGAUGAAAUCAGGAGAAUAACCAACAUAUUUUUCAAUGCUGUGGACACAUCAAAUAAAGGUGGGUUUACAUGUAACCAGAGAAAAAUAUUUUCUGUUGAGUUAUUAUACUCUAUUAUAUGAUUAGGCAUACUUUAUGUUUGCCAAUGAAGAAUUUUAUCAUUAUAUUUUAUUUAUUAAUGUUUCCCUUUAUCCAUGAAUUCACUCAUCUGAAUCCAAAAUGCCAAUAUAUACUUAUAAUUAUUUUAUGUACCAUGUUUUGUGUCCUUUUUAAACAUUUAAAAAAUAUAUUAAAGUCUGUUCAACCCAGCAAAGAAAAAAAAACAUUGUUAAAAUGUACUUUACAUCAACAGGUCAAAUUGAUGAGAGUGGGUUUGUGAAAUCAGUCUUAGGCCUUCCCAGACCCCAGACUCAAAGCAUCCUAAACUUUCACAUACUCUCUGAGCCAAUGAGAGAAAAUGUCCAUAAAAACCUACCAGAGGUCAGACAGGGUUUUUAUUUGAAGAUUCAUCUAGAUUAAAUAUGAAUGGUUUACAAACCAUUGUCAUAAAUAUAUGUUUCACUUUCACCUUUGAACCAUGACCUUUAGGGCUAUAGCCAUGAAAUCGACUCUAGGUUUCACAAGUCACUUGGACAAUAAUGGGUUUGGUCUCUGAGCCCAUGUGAAAUAAUUUCUUGUUCUCUUCCACAUGAAACAGUUCAGCAGUCAAGCUGCCUUCUACACGCCCAGUCCACUUGUGCAACAGAUACCCUCAGAUAGUAUCCUUGGGGAGGUGGCUGAAAAAAUACACAGGUAGGUCAUAUAUAAUGCCAAAAUUUUAAUACUUUGUGUUCUUUGUCUUAACAUAACUUUUUGAUAAAAAAAAUAAUUUUUCAUUCAUAACUUAAAAAGAUCAAACAAAUGCACUUAUCAACAUCAACAUCAGUGGUGCCACAGUCCAAAGAGGGCCCUAGCCUGCUCCCCCAGAUCAUCAUCAGUGGCAUUACAGUCCAAAUAGAGCCUUGGCCUGUUCCACCACAUACUUCCAUCUACAUAUAUAAUGCCAAAAUUUUAAUACUUUGUGUUCUUUGUCUUAACAUAACUUUUUGAUAAAAAAAAUAAUUUUUCAUUCAUAACUUAAAAAGAUCAAACAAAUGCACUUAUCAGCAUCAACAUCAGUGGUGCCACAGUCCAAAGAGGGCCCUAGCCUGCUCCCCCAGAUCAUCAUCAGUGGCAUUACAGUCCAAAUAGAGCCUUGGCCUGUUCCACCACAUACUUCCAUCUGCAUCAAUCAUGUAAGUUCUCUCUGUCUUGGCGGAACCACGAGCCGUCUGCCCCUAGGUUUCUGCCCAUAGAACAAUUUUCCUGCUCUACAAUUUUGCAUCUUCUUAAGGUGUCCGAACCAGUGCAGUCUGCCUUUAAAAAAAAAUAAUCUUGCGAACAAUUGAUCAAUCUCUUGGUUUUUAUGAAUUCUUUUCAGUUAUAAGAAAUUUGUCAUAAUUUUUUUUUUCCAAAUUUCACCUAAUCAGGAAAGACUGGGCAUUAGUUGCCAAUCGUUUGGGAUUCUUCUCUGAAGAUAUUGACAGAAUAUGUCUCAACAAUCCAGGGAACACAUACAAACAGGCACGUAACUGAGUCGAGAUGCUGUGGGUUUUGUUUGUUCGUUCUUUGUCUCUCAGAUAAUUGUAUGAUUCUAUACAAGCUAUAUACAAAUCUCUUGUUUGUUAGUUCUUUAUCUCUCAGAUAAUUUAAUGAUUCUAUGCAACCUAUAUAGAAAUCUCAUGUAUAAUUCUAUGAUUCUAUACAACCUACAUACAAAUCUCUUGUUUGAGAUCUAAAUGCCCAGAUGCAAAAUUUAUAGUCAAUGUCUUUAUAAUGACAUGCUUUUUAUUAAAUACAAACAAAUAUAUUUGCUUUAAAUUAUCAAAAAGAGUAUUAUAUUGAUGUCUUUGAUUAAUAAUAACUAAAAUGAUUCUAACAUUUAUUAUUUUGCAUGCAAUGUAGAGUGGAUGUUGAUUUGCUGAAUCUUUGCCAUUCCUGUUUAGAAUGGAUGUUGAUUUGCUGAAUCUUUGCCAUUCCUGUUUAGAAUGGACGUUGAUUUGCUGAAUCUUUACCAUUCCUGUUUCCAGGCUUAUCAAGUUCUGCUCAACUGGAAGGCUCGUGAGGGGGAGAACGCUAAAGCAAGCACAUUAGAGAGGACCCUUCGUAAUGCUGGAAUGGUGGAGGCAUCACUGCUCCUUGCUCCUUAAACAUGGACACUUUGUCUGAGGGAGGCAUCACUGCAACUUGGUCAUUAAAUCUUACAAUUUUCUAUAAACCCAGAUUCAUAUAUUUUAUGAAGAAUUUAUGAAGAAUUUUCAAUAAUUUCUACAACAUAAGAAAUAAAUUAGUUAAACAUAAAUAUUGCAUUUCCUAUGUAAGAGUAGGAGCAACUCUCAAAUUUUCCACACAAAAAAAACAUAUUUGUGUCAAAGAUAAUUAAAUACAAAAUAUAUUUGUGUAAAUGAUAUGUUUGUGAAAAAGAUAUAUUUGUGUAAAAGAUAUAUUUGUUUAAAUGAUAUAUAUAUUGAAAAAGAUAUAUUUGUGUAAAAGAUAUAUUUGUGUAAAAUAUAACUUUGUGUAAAAUAUAUAUAUGUGUCACAAUUGUGUCAU